AUGGCAAAAACUGCGAUCAUCACUGGGAGCUCUCGUGGUAUUGGUGCUGCUUCAGCGAUUCUGUUUGCGAAGAAAGGAUUCAAUGUCGUCCUCCAAGGCCGAAACAAGGAAAAACUCCAAGGAAUCAAGGAAGAGUGCGAAAAAGCCGGAGCUGCAGGAGUUUUGGUCGUUGAACUGGAGCUUUCCAAUCACGCUGAUCUUCCUCGAUUGGUCGAGGAAACUAUCGACGAAUUCGGCGGGCUGGAUGUCCUAGUCAACAAUGCCGGCAUGGGCUGCUUCGCCAAUCUGGAAGAAGUGACUGGAGAAAUGAUGGACUUGAUUUUGGGCGUCAACGUCAAGGCGCCAAUUUUGAUCUCAAAAGCAGCAAUGCCGCAUUUAAAGAAAUCGAGAGGGGCCAUUGUUAACGUCUCUUCCCUCGCGUCUCAUGUUCGAAGCAACAUGAUUAUUACCGGCAGUUCGAGAGGAAUUGGUGCUGCGACGGCGAUUUUAUUCGCAAAGAAGGGAUUCAAUGUCGUGGUACAGGGAAGAAACAAAGAGAAAUUGCAGCAAGUCAAGGAAGAAUGCGACAAAGCUGGGGCGGCAGGAGUUUUGGCCAUAGAAAUGGAGCUUUCAAACACCCAAGAUCUGCCUCGAUUGGUCACCGAAACAGUCGAAAAAUUCGGCGGUCUUGAUGUUCUCGUCAACAAUGCUGCCCUUGGAACGAUCGGAUGCAAUCUUGAAAACACCACGGCAGAAAUGAUGGACGCUGUUUUGAAUGUGAACAUCAAGGCGCCGAUUUUGAUCACUCAGUCUGCCAUGCCUCAUUUGAAGAAAACAAGAGGAGCGAUUGUUAAUGUUUCCUCGAUGGUUUCGCAUGUCAGGACGAAUAAUUUCUUCCCGUACGCAAUUUCAAAAGCCGCCCUGGAUCAAUUCUCGUUGAUUUUGUCAGGCAACUACGCCCCUGAUGGAAUUCGAGUAAAUACAGUGCGCCCGGCCGCUGUGGCCACUGACAUUUGGGAAACUUCUGGCGUUCCAAAGGAGAUGCUCCCAGCGCUUGUGCAGAUGGAAGCGGCAAAACAGCCAUGUACUGGAAUGCUUACUGCAGAAGAAAUUGCUCAGGCAAUUUGGAUGUGCUGCGAUCCUGCUCUGCCCAGCAUGACAGGCCAAAACAUCACCAUCCAUGGCGGCCGAAUCGAAGACAAACCGUGGGUCAACCCAAUGGCCCCUCAAUAA